AUGUCGUUAUCAGCCAGUACACCAGUGGUCUCGCCCUCGUCAAUGCCCCUACCACAAACCCAAGUCGAAGAAAAAGCUUUUCCCGAGAAAGACUGCCUAACAUGCCGCCUCACCGGUGCCGGCGCCUUCACGGGAAUAGGUAUCUACGCUAUUAUCCAAGCCAAUAACCAAGGAGCGUUCAAAAAGAUCAGACCGCCUGGGGCGCCUGUGGUGGCGGGGAAAGUGACGGCUUUGAUUGGUACUGUGUUCAUAGGUCUUGGAAUAGGCAGGUUAAUCAUAUGA